AUGAGCCAGCCCGGAAAGGUUGACCUCUCGAUGUUCGAGGGCCCACCUCCCGCUGCGCCGCGCUACCGGAGCGCGCAGCCUGCAGUGCAGCAGAACCCGUUCGCGCCGGCGCAGCCCGCGGCGCAGCCAAACCCCGCGGCGCCGAUUGCGGACAACCCGUUUGCGCCGGCCGCGCCAGCCGCGCCGGUGGACAACCCGUUCUUCGGCGGGCCGUCCGACGACGCGGCCGGCGGCAGCGACAGCCUGCUCGGCGCGCUCGACCCCGACGCGGCGCAGCCAGAGGAGUCGCUCACAACGCAGAUCGCGCCCGGGGAGAAGGAGGAGGACGAGGACAAGACGCUCGACACCUUCCACUACCUCGCGCAGCUGGGCGAGGGCAGCCGCGACGAGAAGCUGGCGGCGGCGCGCGCGCUCUUCAUCGCGCGGGACAUCAUCAACCUCGGCAUCAAAAAGCUGCAAAAGAGGCUCGCCAAGGGCGGCGGCGGCGGCAAGGUGCCGACCUCUUCGCUCAAGCGGCUCUCGCUCUCGCGCGGCACCUCGCGCAAGUUCGACAGCAGCAGCUACAACACCGGCGCCCCCGACGCGGCCGCGGGCGAGAGAGGCCGCUCCUCGACCCACAGCGACGGCGCGAACCCGCCCUCGUACGGCGGCGGAGCGUUUGGCGGCGGAGGUGCGGAAGAGGUUUCGCCCGCGCCACACUUCCAGAAGCGAAAAAGCGGGCUGUUUCGGAAGCGCUGAGUCCGCCGCCGCGCCGCGUCCCGUCCUGCUCCGUUCAGAUUCCAGUGCUGAGCCGCUGCGGCGGCUACCAGGCCGUUUGCGUGGCACUCGUACCGGCGAGGAGGGGCGCGCAGCACGCGCGUUUGGGGUUCGCCGCGGCGGCGAGGGCGGCAGUAGGGCCACUCCCCUAUCGCCGUGCUGUCGCGCGGUGGCCCCUUCUUGUGACGCACGGCGAUGGGCCAGUGCAAGCGGCGGCGGCGGGCGGCGCGCCGCCCAGCGCCGCGCCGCGCCCCUACAUUGAGUUGCAUAUGCUGCGCCGCCAGCCCGAUGAGUACGCUCUGUGACAGAUCUUGCGGAGGACGUGGGGAGGGAGAGGGGGGGGUGGGGGGGGGGGCGUCCGUUUCUGUGCGCCAGUGGAGUUCGGCCAGUUCCGCGUUGUGAGGUGGAAGUGGACGACCGCGUCUCGGUGCGAGUAGUACAUAUCCCACAACAUGUGCACUCUGUUCACUCUGGCGGCGCCAGAGCAACGAGCGCGAGAGCCGAAACCAGGCCAAGGGCGUGUGUUCGGCCCCGUGGGUGGGAAGAGCUCAGAGAAAGUGUGUUGUUUCGACACACCCCGGAGACACGAACAACAUCGUGAUUA